AACAGCUGCGUGAAUCUGCCACAGCGGAAGAGUAUUUUCGAGAGCCGGAUGAACUGUUUGACUGUCUGGACGCCGCCUGUCCCGACCUGAAUAACGACUUGGGCACGAAGAUGGAUCUAAUAUACAACUUCUACGGAGGAUGGCGGCACCUAAUGGACGAUUUGUCCGAUCCACGAACGAAAGACUGGCCGCUGAUGAGUUCACCAUUUCCCACCAUUGCCAUCAGCUUGUCCUACGCAUACUUCGUGAAGGUUCUGGGUCCCCGAUUGAUGGAAAACCGCAAACCGUUCGAUCUGCGACGUGUGCUGAUCGUGUACAACGCCGUCCAGGUUGUGUUCAGUGCGUGGCUCUUCUAUGAGGCGCUUAUGUCCGGCUGGUUGACUCACUAUAGCUUUCGGUGCCAACCGGUGGACUACUCCCGAUCGCCAAUUGCUAUGCGGAUGGCAUCCGGCUGUUGGUGGUACUACUUCUCCAAGUUCACCGAAUUCUUUGACACGUUGUUCUUCGUAAUGCGAAAGCGCUACGAUCAGGUCUCUACGCUGCACGUGAUCCACCACGGUAUAAUGCCCGUUUCAGUCUGGUGGGGAGUUAAGUUUACCCCAGGCGGCCACAGUUCCUUCUUCGGCCUGCUGAACACGUUUGUGCACAUUGUGAUGUACGGCUACUACCUGCUGGCCGCGAUGGGUCCCAAGGUUCAGAAGUAUCUCUGGUGGAAGAAAUAUCUAACUUUGCUGCAGAUGGUACAGUUUGUGCUGGUGAUGCUGCAUGCCUUCCAGCUGUUGGCCUGGAACGAGUGCAAUUAUCCGAUUGCGUUCGCCUACUUUAUCGGAGCUCAUGCGGUCAUGUUCUACUUCCUGUUUUCCAACUUCUACAAACGAGCCUACGCGACACGAAAGCAACAACAGAAGGAGAAGGAAGAGAAACUGCUGCUGGCCAAUGGAAACCUAGAAUCGGAGCCAAACAAGAACAUCGAAACGCACCUAUCCUCCUACCAAUCGACGAACGGAAAGACCAGCUUCUAUCAGGCUGUCGGCAAAACGGUCGAGGACAGCUACUCCGCCACCAGGCACCGGGUCUAUGUCGGCUCGGUCAACAAUUAAUGCCGUCGCUGUUUCUGCUGCCGCCGUCCGAACCGUCGGCUCUCAUUCCUUCCUAUCCGUUGUGAGGAUGUGGCGGAGUGAGACAGUGCAAACCAAAACCAACCACACUUCGAAGGGAGAGGAUUCCGGGACCCUAGUUCACACUCCACUCAAAUGCAGGAAAUGAUUAAACCAGAAAAGGAACAGUAAUUAGAUAAAUCAUAGAGAUCUGGGGAAAAAAGAUACCUUUGCAGGUGUUCACGUGAUAGUCUUAGCACCCAUUCGACUAGAUGACCAAUUGUUUUCUUCUUAUACGCAUAAGUUAGCAACAUUUGGACGGUUUCCCGACCGAAUUAGUCGUGCUGUGGAACCAUACACCAACUUCUCGUUUUAGGUCCCCUUCAGCUAGGGGAACAAAAUCAAACCGACGGGAACUGCUGAACUGGUUUGCGUUAAUUUUUACUGCUGCUAAAAAGAACGCAAGUCACUAGAUUCGCUGAGACCCCCUGUUGGGCCCCUCAACCCUGAUCAGAACACAGGCGGGACACAUCUUUUCUCCUUCGGUUUUUGUGUGCCCGCCGAGAGAGACAUACAGAAUGGAUCCCCCUCCCCGCGAAACGUUCGUUCCUUAGGCUGUAAGGAUUGCUUCCCCCGUUCUCCCACUCCCCAACUCCGUAGCGUAUAGUAAUUUAACUAGCUCGUAAGGAGAUUUGUAAAUAGCUGUUUUAUAAGUAGGGUAGUAGCAAUAGCCCUGCACUUGCUCUUUGGCUGCGAACUCAGUUGACACAGAAGGGCAACGAUCCGUAAUUGGAUUGUAGUAUCAAGGCUUUGCUUUUUGUUUUAUAAGAGAUGACGAGCGUCAAUUUUGCUGAUUGGCGCAAUAAAUAAUAAAUAGACGAAAUUUGACUGCUCCAAAACUCAAAGUAAGACAAAAAAGAGAAAACGUUCAAGAAAUUUGGUCUGUAUACCGUACUUUUAGAUUAAGGUUAAAUCAAUAUAUGUAAACACAUUCGAUACUAUAAUUGGAUGCGAGUUAUGUCUAGAUCAAGACGGCGAAAUUUGUGUAGAUUAUUUCCGCAAACUUUAUACAACAAAAGUGCACGCUUAUUACUAGGGGCGAUUAUGUUUAUAGGCUGAAGGUGAUGAAAACUGUGAAUGACUUUUUUGAACGGAUGACAAAUGUGCAAUAAAAGUUAUGGCAAUAAAUAUAAAAAUAAA